AUGUGGCACAUCCACAAGUAUGAGGUGAAGAGCGACGUCCUUUUCCUUCCAGGCGUCCCUGGUCCGGUUGAGCGGCAAGAUCGGGAGAAAGCGCCGAAAACUUACGGGAAGACGAUUCACGUUUUUGGCAGGAAAGGGAUAACAGAGUGUAUAUGGAAGGCUUAUCCCAAGGAAUUCACUCAAAAGCACACGCUGAUGGUGUUGGACUCAAAACUAUUGUACGAGAUAUCAAUUUGCAUUGCUUGGAGACCUGGCAAGGUAGGUUUGUCCAACUCAUUUGCACCCACGCCUAGCUGA